CCUUGACAUACCAAUAUUUUGGUAAGCGUAGUCAUUAUUGCUCAGCCUUGAGCAUACUGCUAUAUAAACAUGAAACUAGACCCUGCUCCCUUCAGCACACAACUAUACCAUCUAGUUUCGAGCUCUUCCUAUCCCUACAAUUGUGAUUAAACAUGAAACUCACUAUUCCCCUGGGUGCCCUAACGGCCAUGUGCGGACUAUCAGCGGCCGCGCCCACUGCACCGGUCAAGACCGGGAAUUGUACCUAUCACCCAUCUCCGGACCUUAGAGAUAUAGCUGGCACUAGCUACGCAAACCUUGUUAAGGUGGCGACCGUCCCGUCCGGUCCAACAUACCGAUACAUUUUCUCGGAGCCCUCCAGCCACAUGAAGCCCUACCUACUGUUUAUUCACGGAUUCCCCUCGAGCUCGUUUGACUGGCGUCACCAGGUAGACUAUUUCGUCAGCAGGGGAUAUGGGGUUAUCGCGCCUGACUUACUUGGCUUCGGCGGCACAGACAAUCCUUCGGGUCUCGAAGAAUUUACCCUGAAGAGACAUGUCUUGGAUCUUGGUGCUAUUCUUGAUUGCGAAGGUGUGGACCAUGUGUUCGCAAUCGGCCAUGACUUUGGGUCUGUUGUACUAUCGCGUGUGAUAACCUAUUUGGGCGAACGCGUGAAGGGAAGCGCCUUUGUUGGCGUUGGGUAUUCGCCCCCUCCAAUGUCUUUUAAUCAAGCUGGCGUGGAAGCAAUCAAUAACGCCAGCCUUGAUGCCCUCGGCUAUCCGCCGUUUGGCUACUGGUAUUUUAUGGAUGAAGACGAUGUCGCCCCUAUUAUGAACAAGCAUUUUGACUCCGCCUUUACACUCACGUACACCUCCAACGCCACUUACCUCAAAGAAUACUUCUCUCCCGUGGGAGAAUAUAAAAAGUGGCUUCUUGCGGAUCGAAUCGCACCCUGGACUACCUUCAUCACUGCAGACGAGAAGGAUACUUUUGAAAAGAUCACCAUGUCCCAUGGAGGAUUCGAUGGGCCAGUUAAAACGUACAAGUCCCUCAUGAGAGACUUCAAUGCGGCUGAUGAAGAAGCUAUUCCAAAGUCAAAGGCCGCCAUCGGACACCCUGUUUUGCUUCUAACAGCGAGCAAGGAUCCUGUUGCUGUCCCUCAUUCCCAGAUUACUAACACUGCACCUUAUGCUGCCGACAUUCGUGUUAAGUCUGUUGAUGCAGGCCACUUUCUGCAGGUGGAAAAUCCCGAUGAGGUUAGCCUGAGCAUCCAUGAAUUCGUGAGGGAAAUCAUGGCAAAAGCUUGCUUGUAGCCAGCAUAUCUAUCAACUAGCUGGCUUCUCGAGACAGCCUGUGCUAUCUGUACCGGGGACAGUGCAUGAUGCGUCCGUCUCCAGGGUAUGGUGGAUGAAGG